AUGGAGUUGUGUACUCGUGAAACUCGUACAAUAUUGAGUAGGGAUUCUGUCGGACCAUUAGUGUUAGCUGAGGUUGAGAUACAUUGCAUUAAAGAGGCCGCUCGCUUUGUUGCUGGUAAACUGGAGAAUUCUGUCGUUUCGACGGACAGCAUAUUUAAACCAGAGGUCGACGUCUCCUUUCCAGGAAACUUCAGUUGUUUUUUCCCUGAUGCUGAUAUCCAUGUGGAUGGAACUAAAGCGUUAGCAAAGGAAGUCUUAACGAUAUCACAGUUAACGCUCUCACCGGUUAUAACCUUCUGCCAUCCACAGCCUAUGUCGAUCCAAGCGUCACUUUGGGAGACGUCCAUAAUUGUGGGAGAUUUUCCCUCGCCAUUUCAAGAACUCGGCAAGGGGAUAGAGCAGGUAUUGAACCCUCGUAUUAACUGCACGGAUUGUUAUCCUGUCUAUUUAUAUGUGAGGUUUACUGCUCAUGUCAAGGAACUACGGAGAAAAACAUUAGAGAGCUUUAUUCUUCUGAAAGUUGACCAACCAGAGCUAGUGGCGAAGAUAGAAGGUCCAAUGAAAGCUGCUAGAGGAAUCGGCGAGAUAUUUUUGGACGCUUCUAAGUCACACGACCCCGACAGUUUCGCUGAAGGAGAGUUGAGCUUCACUUGGUUCUGCAAGAGUAAGAAGGAUGAAGAGUUUCCUAAAGGAACAUGCCCAUAUGCAAGGACAGUUUCAGACGGAAAAAUUUUCCUCGUUAAUGUUAACAGACUGAGAUCAAAUCACCUCUAUGACUUUAAACUCGUUGUGUCAAAAGGAACACGGAUAAGGAAGGCAAUUCACACCUUGAAGGUCCUUCCGUCUGUAAACUUCACUUUCAGGUGCCGUGCAAAUUGUGGAAAGAAAGUGCUUCAGUCCAAAACAUUGAGGAUCGAGCCCAAAUGUGAAGGCAAACUGUGUGAUCGUAUCAUCAAAACAAAAUGGAGCAUCCACACACUCAACUCUACGGUGAACAGCCGUUGGUGGAGAAAAUCAAGCACCUUCGUUGUAAAAGAUUUCUCUUCGGAUGUUUACCCUUCAAAAACAAGGAAUCCUCAUUACAAAAUAAGGGCAGUUAUUGCAAUUCGUGUACAAAAUGAAGUCAUCAAAGAAGAAUACGAUGAAAAAAUUAUUCUGAAUUCCCCGCCAUUUAUCACUGAUCGCAACAGUGGAUGUUUUGUGACGCCAAACGAAGGUUACGCUGUAGAGACUAUAUUCAAUAUCUCUUGCUUGGGCUGGAGUGACGAGGACGAGCCCUUAAAUUACGAAUUUCGCUACAACACGAGCGAUGGUUUGAUAAUCAAUUAUCCAAACGUGGGGACUGGAAAGAACACACUGUCGACAAACCUUCCUGUUGGUAAUAAGGCUGAUAAUUUCGAGUUAAGAGUGGAUGUGUACGUCAAGGAUUCACUUGGAGAUUUGACCAUCAGCAGCGUGGCAGUGAAGGUGAAGGACAAAUUCUCUGAAGACGUCGCCAGAACCUUGGACAAGAUUGCUAACAAUGAAAGUAACAAAUUCACUAAUUACAUAAACAGCAAUAAACCUACCGAAGCGUCUGACGUGGCAAUAUCUGUACUUUCACUCUUGGAGCAGAGAAGACGUUCAAGUGGAUCGGAGGGAGAAGAUGACAAUGACCAACAUGCAAUAUCAAAGGAGAAAGUCCGAAAAUUAAAAGACAACAUCAUUGAUGAAUUGAGCAGAAUCAAAAUCGACAGCAAGGAACUUCUCACAAAAGUAAGCACUGCGGUAGCCAUGGCAGCCAAAGAAAGAGAUGAAAUAUCGCUAGAAUCACAGGAACAAGCUCUGGAGCGUCUGGACGAGGCGACAGAUCUUCUUUCCAAACUCAUGGACAAUAACAUGGAAGAUGCCAACACUUUGACAAAAGUCAGCAAAAAUCUGCUUCUUGGACUGGGCAAUAUUUUGAAUAUCUCUUCUCAGGAUGCUAGCGUUGUUUCGAUGCAAACAACGUGGUAUAAGAUUGACAAGGAAAAGAGCAAAAAAUUUGCCCAGAAAGCUCUUAAAACGAUAUGGAAACUUCGAGACUGCCUAGUUGUCGAUAAAGGUGACGAUGAACCAGUGGUAAUUACCAGUCGAUACCUUUCCAUGGUUUUGUACAGACAGGAGAACGUGAAAAACGAAACAAUGAUAGGAGAUGCAAAGACGAAAUUCAUCCUACCGUUAUACAAAGGGCUAUUCAGAAGACAAGGAGUGGAGAAGGCUGACAUCACCUCGAAGAUUGUCUUAUUUAAGGGGAACCCUUACACCUGGCACAAAAGUGCAUUUAAAGUUACAUCAUGGGUUAUUGAUGUAGUUCUUCAAACAGAAGACAAAAGAAAUUUAAACGUCUCCGACUUGAGGAAGCCAGUACAUCUGUACAUUCCACAGAAUUCUGGCAAUGGUUCACCGGCCGAUGUGACGAAAAAUACAGUGCAAUAUUUUGUUAAACCGAGCUAUGACAUUUACGAGUCUAAGCUCAUACAAUAUCAUAAAAUAAACAUACCAGACCAGGGCGAUGUGGUGUCUGUGAAGCUGCAUCCCGAGAAACACGCUACACCACUGCGUGUCUAUGUGAGUUCCUCUGACUUCCCGACGCCUACGGAGCACAACUUUUCCAUCGUGUUACCUUGCAAGAAAGAGGAGCGGAAAUGCAACAAAGAUCCCUAUGUGUUCUCAUUCAACACUUCUCAUACCGGGAACACUGGAAUUCAUUACAUUGGCAUACAUUAUUACGUGAAUAUUACCUACGACGUCAUGUUUCAAGAUGAAGGGAAACUGAUAACCAUGAAUGGUUCCGUCCAAGAGCGGCCAAGGAGAUCCAUUGACUGUGAUAGUAGAAGCAGAAGGCAGAAACGUUCUUGUAUUGGUGUAAAAGACCCCCCUCCUCCCCCCACUCCCGUUCCCAUCGUUCUCAGAUCGGAGUAUAAUGUCAGUACUGAUUUGAAUUACACGAUGUCUGUAAACAUCGGAAGUUGUUUCUAUUGGUCUGAGGUCAAAGAGCUGUGGACGGACGAAGGUUGCAAGGUUAUGCCUGAAACAGUUUCGGGCAGCAUUCUGUGCCUGUGCAAUCAUCUGUCCGCUUUUGGUGGCGAUUUCUUUGUGGAGCCGAACAAAAUUGAAUUCAAAACGGUCUUUGGUAAGUUUGGUGACCUCGGAGAAACCAAGAACUUUGUUGUCCUAGCAACAGUGUGUUCCGUGCUUUUGCUCUACACGAUCGGCGUCAUCUUUACUCGACGAGCGGACAGCCGAGAUAAGCAGAAGACAAUACCAAAUGUUUAUCUCCUCGAUAGCGAGAAGGAAGGACAGCACCAUUAUCGCAUCUCCACUCAGACGGGAAUAUGGUUGGGAAGCGGCACCACAGCUAACGUUGGAAUAAUCAUCUAUGGCGAGGACUGUUACAGUGACCAGAUCAUACUUAACGACUCCGCUUGCAAAAAGAUGUUCUUUGCUCGAGCGAGUGUAAAUACAUUUACCGUGUCUCUGCCUAGGCGCCUGGGACCUCUCUACAAAAUUAAGGUGUGGCACGACAACAGCGGGGAGAGUCCUGGAUGGUUCUUGAGAGACUUUGUGAUAACAGAGAUGGAUACGCAAGAGCAGUGGCACUUUCUCGCGAACAGAUGGUUGGCGGUUGAAAAGGGUCGAGGAGAAGUCGAAAUUCAGCUGAAAACUUCAAAUAAAGAGGAAACGUCUAACUUUAAAAGCCUCUUCUCUUCAAGGGUUUCAAAACGAUUGGCCGACGGACAUUUGUGGAUAUCGGUACUUACUAGACCACCACAAAGCUUGUUUACUCGAACGCAACGUUUCUCGUGUUGCAUAUCGGUGUUUUUCCUAGCUAUGAUUACCAACGCUAUGUUCUACGACUUUGGCGAGGAAGCCGAAGAUACUUUUCAACUUGGUCCAUUGACUAUGAGUUGGACGCAAGUGAAAAUUGGAAUCCAAAGCGCUAUGAUUGCGCUGCCAGUGAAUGUAUUUAUUGUAACUGUUUUUAGAAACGUGAAACCAAAGAACAAGCGUCAUGGAGACAACGAUAACGAAGAGGAAAAUUUAUCAAAGGGUCUCCCUCAUUUUUUUGUUUAUAUAGCGUGGAUUAUGUGUAUUCUUGCAAUUCUUUCUUCAGCGUUCUUCACUGUGCUCUAUAGCUUAUCUUGGGGAGCCAAGAUCUCCAACGAGUGGCUCACUUCCAUUCUCGUCUCUUUCUUCCAAGACGUCAUUAUCUUGCAGCCCAUUCAAGUUGUUCUAAUUGCUUCUUUGCUGUCAAUAUUGAUUAGAAAACCAGUGAAACACGAUCCAGUGCAUGGUUUGCCUCGUAAAAAGAACCCGUGCGAGGAAGAUUAUAAAGUACAACCGCCAGAGGAGACUGUGUUAAAAAAGUCGCGAAUUUUCAGGACGAAACUUCAAAAGAUGUUUCGCGCUAUCUUGGAGAUUAGCUUGUUCUUGUUUUUUGUCCUGUUACUGUUCGUUGUGUGCUAUGGAAACAGGGAGACCUCAAGAUACCAGCUUACUAAAUCACUCAAGGAUAUUUUUGUUAAAUUUGAUAAGCGAGUCAACAGCACCGCAACUUUUUGGAAUUGGACCCGGCAAAAGCUCGUACCAGGCCUCUUUCUCUCUGAAUGGUACAAUGGACAGCAAGUCAAUCUAGAGGAAGGGUUCAUAAGUAGUGGAUAUCCCUUUCUCGUGGGCAUGCCCAGACUCAGACAGAUCAGAGUACAGCCAGAUGCAUGUCAAGUUGAAGAUUACGAGGUAGUGAAGCGAUGCUUACCAUAUUAUAGUUUCCGAUUUGAAGAUAGGACCGCCUACAGCCUUCGUGACUGGACACCCGUCGCCAACAUCACCGGAUUCGAGGUCUCAUUUAAGCUAGAUGAUUUGUGUCCGAAGCCUUGGAGGUACCGCACCGCAGAUUCUUUAGAAACGCUUUCAUUUCACGGUUAUCACGCCAUCUAUGACGGCGGAGGUUAUGUUGCUGAUCUUGGAUAUAACGCUGAAUCAGCACUGGAAGUAAUACACGAUCUGGAAAACAAUAGCUGGAUUGAUGAUAGAACUUUCGCCGUGUUUAUCGAGUUCACCGUGUACGAACCUUCAAGCACACUCUUCAGCACAGGAAAGUACCUCUAUGAGAGGUACCCAACGGGAGGAACCAAAACAACUGGCACAAUUGAGACCCUGAUGAUUUAUUACCCGACAGAUCCCAGUUAUAGGUCUUUCUAUCUAGCUUGUCAACUUCUCUUUAUUUUCUUGAUAUUCGGGUUAUUCGUCAUGGAGACUGUAAAACUUUAUUUCCAAGGAUGUAGAUAUUUCACUCACUUCUGGAACUUGGUGGAUAUUCUCCAAAUUAGCAGUGCUGUGGCCGCGAUUGUUUCGUACUUCUUCAAGGCAAAAUACACUAGUGAUUUUGUGCGAAGAGUCAGAAAAAACCCCUUCGACACGUCAAGCUCAGACUACAUCGUCCAGUGGUGCGAUCUCGAAAUAUGGUUGCUGUCUUUAGUGGCUUUUCUAGUGACAAUAAAAAUGCUGAGAUUGCUAAAAUUCAACGAUCACAUCUGCCACUUGACGUACACGGUGAAAUCAGCUGUCAGGCAUCUCGUUUCUUACUCUUUGGUUUUCACAGCUACACUCGUGGCCUACACACAGCUUGGAACUCUUCUAUUCGGAAGCAAUGUGUCGUCAUACUCAAACAUGACGCAGUCACUGAGGAUGCUUCUAGAAAGGCUUCUGGGUAAUAAUAUGUACACAAAAGAGCUAAAGGCAGUGAAUGACAUCAUGGGUCAAUUGUUUACAUUAGCAUACUCGUUCUCAAUCGGAAUGAUACUGAUCAGUAUGUUUUUAAGUAUUCUUUACAGCUCUUACAGCGAGAUAAGGAGAAUCAAGCAAGGCCGAUUUCCUGAUGUUGAGCUGGCUCACUUUGCGUGGCGAUAUUUCAUCGAAAAACUCCAAACGUUUUGGCGCGACAAAAAAACAUCCCUCAAAAGGAGAAACAAAGUAGAAAAACCGCACUUAAAGAUAAAAAAUGCAAAAUACUUUAGCGUUCCUAGAAUGAACGCUUUAGAAGAUGCAGAUGAAUUCUUACGCACGACGUAUGAUGAACUCAAGUCAACCGAAGAGUGCCGAUGUCUUUCUGCGGAAGAAAUCCAGUUCGAAGAGGCAACUAUUGAAGAAUUCGAUGACAUUUAUUUAGCGGACGAAUACUCUUCCCUGAAAGACGUGAGGAAAACUCUGUUCCAAAUAGGAACUUCUUUCUUCCUCACCAAAAAUCAGUGGAGCUCGGGAAGUCUGAGCUACAGCGACGAUGAUAGGGAUGAAAUCAGUUCACUGAGAAGCGAGUGGAGCUACGGUAAGGAAAGUAAUCAAAUGCAGAGCUUGUUCAGCCUCAACAGGAUAGAAUCCGACUCCUCGGAAGAUGAUAUAGAUGAUCUGGUGGAAGGGCCUCUAAAAGUAUAGAGCCCUUUGUU